AUGACCGGACAGCCAAUCAAUCCAGGACAACCACCACCGCCAAAUUUAGUGGCAAGCUUACUCGAGGACCGAAACGCGACCAGCCGACAAAUACAAGACCUGCUCAUGGAGAAGAACGGAACGGCGAUUGGCGGUGUCCAAGUGUUUCUGCAACUCGACGAACCCCGUUCAUGCGGUGGUUCGUGUUCUCGCAUUCGUGAGAGUAGGUGUGGGCACGCAUGCCCGUUACAAUGCCACCCUGGACCUUGUCCCCCAUGCCAAGCCACAACGCGGCUGGAAUGCUACUCCCCACGCAAGAUCCUCUCAUUCCGUUAUGGGACCGAUGGGAAAGGAAAGGGCAAAGCGAAACGGGAUCUUACUGGCGGGAAUGUCUGUGGACGGACGUUGGGGUGUGGUAAGCACACUUGCGCGGCGUUUUGA